AUGGCUGAUUCAUUGACCGAGGAGCAAGUUUCCGAGUAUAAAGAGGCUUUCUCUCUUUUUGACAAGGAUGGCGAUGGUCAAAUCACAACAAAAGAGCUUGGCACCGUCAUGCGUUCGCUCGGCCAGAACCCCUCGGAAUCGGAAUUGCAGGACAUGAUCAACGAGGUUGAUGCUGACAACAACGGCACGAUUGACUUUCCUGAAUUCUUGACGAUGAUGGCCCGCAAAAUGAAGGAUACCGACUCCGAGGAGGAAAUCCGUGAGGCAUUCAAGGUGUUCGACCGUGACAACAACGGAUUUAUCUCUGCGGCUGAGCUGCGCCAUGUCAUGACCUCGAUCGGCGAGAAGUUGACUGAUGACGAGGUUGAUGAGAUGAUCCGUGAGGCUGACCAGGAUGGUGAUGGAAGGAUCGAUUACAACGAAUUCGUUCAACUCAUGAUGCAGAAAUAA